AUGUAUGUCUGCAUUCUCUUCCUUACUAUUCUCGCAUCUUAUUUACACGAACGAGCCAUCGCCCGGAUGCCCAUCUUUACGAAACCUGGCAGCUGUUAUAAAGACCAAUCUGAUUUCCAUGAGGCCUUCCCGGAUCACCUGUCCCAAUCCAAGUGCGUGCUAAGUGGAAGGAGCACGUGUGUCCUGGAAACGUUCUUUAAAGAACGUCAGGGUAUCGGUUAUCAGGUUACAAACAGCCAGUUUGUUCAGAUGAGUCGCUUAUUUCAGCCAGAUUAUUCGAGUGUUUCUUCUUCCUAUCGACCGUCUUUCCGGUCACUUUUCUCUACUCCAACAUCAUCUUAUGGCUCAGCGCAUAGCCCGUCCUAUAACCCAUCAUAUGGAGGGCUGAACAGAAACAGUAAAGCCCUCCCUUACACCAGACCUUGGAAUGGGUUCAACUCCGUCGUAGCCAUCCAUCCAAGUCAGUUGAGACAACGCAAGUAUAGAAGAUAUACUUUUGAUGAGAAUGCCUUCAAAAAACCACAAGAGUUUGUCAGAGUAAGAAGAGUGUCGAGUACGGCAUGGGAAACACCAAAGUAAGUAAUAAAUAGCUAAGUAAUCCAGUACGACGUUUACUAUAUUUUCAGCAGCAAAGAUAGCAAUGUGCAAUUCGCUAAGGUGGUGGACAACGACAAUUUCUUCAGAGUCAAGAUUGAUUUGAACAUGUUUGAAAUGUUCGAAAAAGAAGAAAUCGAUGUAAGUCCUCAAAACAAUCACUAAAAAUAACAGGUAAACGUUUAUGGGUAUGAUAUUCAAAUAUACGGAGAGAAAGAAAACCCGAUUAAUCCAAAUCGCCCGCUCAGAAUUCUAAAUCGCCAAUAUCGCCUACCAGACGAUGUAGACUUGAAGACUGUAAAUUUGCAGAGAAAAGCGACGGAAGUAGAUGUAGACGCCAAAAAGGUAACGGAACAAUAAUAAAAAAAAUAUUACUUUAGAUACCACUGAAUUAUGGCGGUCCUAUUGCUCUUCGCGUCACAGAUGUUACCGCCGGAGGGCAGAAAGUGGAACAAGUCCAUGGAUUCUAA